AUGAAAUCAGAGAAUCGGGAUGCUAGCGUGAUACGUUCACCGGGCAGGUCUGAUCGUGACGCUGCGUUGACUCCGGCUGACACGGGCAAGCUAUUCGUCAAAGAUGAGGGAACUAGUUAUGUUGACGGUGCGAAUUGGCGCGCUAUUCUUGAAGAGAUUAAUGACAUGAAGGAAUAUUUAGACACGGAUGGAGAAGAUUACGAUGAUGAAGGUGUCGAGAUUGACCCGUACGAUGACUCGUCACCAGUUCUGCUGCUUGGCCAUGGUCGUCCUGUGAGCAAAGAGGAGAUGCUUAUGGACAUUCCCCCACGGCCAUUAGCUGAUCGCCUGGUCUCUCGAUUCCUCAAGACGUCUGAACCGGCAAGAGUGUCAAUCCAUGUUCCCACGUUUCAGAAAGAGUAUGAGGAGUUCUGGCUUCGCCCAGCAGAUAAAUCAUUCACUUGGAUUUCUCUCUUGUAUUCGAUUAUGGCCUUGUCUAUCUCUCUAUAUGAUCGAAGUCCAGAGCCAUUGCAUUCUAAUAUGGCGGUCCCUACUACAACAUGGGCCAUGUUCCGGAAAAGGUCCUCGCAGUGCCUCAUCCAAGCAAACUACAUAACCCCAGGACGAUACAAGGGAGAAGCAUUAUUCCUUUACUCAAUCAUCGAAUUCUACCGCAAUCAGGAUACGCAUAUUGGCAUGUCAUAUUUGCUCGGGAUGACUAUUCGCCUGACGAUGCGUAUGGGUUACCAUCGUGAUCCACGUCAUUACCCAAUGUUAUCUGCCUUGGAUGGGGAAAUGCGCCGGCGUCUCUGGGCCUUGCUUGUUCAGCUCGACACUUUAGUCUCAUUCCAAGCCGGCGUCCCUCGAACAAUCCAGCCUUGGCAAUAUGACACAGAGUUGCCGUCUAACUUGUUGGACACCGACUUCGACGAGAGUUCCGUCCAACUGCCACCCGCCAGACCAAUGACGGAAGGAACAGAUUGCUCGUACACAAGGUCCAAAUCUCUCAUUAUGAGUGUCUUUGGUCAUAUAACCGACCUGGCAUUCUCUCGAGAGCAAUCGUCCUACGAGGAGACCUUGGAAAUUGACCGUCGUUUGGAGACUGCGCAUGGUAUGGUACCCUCCUGCUUGAAAAUCCGCCCAAUGACGCAGUGUAUUGCAGACCCAGCAGAAAUGACCAUGCGGCGCUUCGCCUUGGAGCUCCUGUAUCAAACGGCACGUGUUGUCCUACAUCGCCGGUAUAUCGCUGAAACCAAUCCCAAAUUCGCUUACUCGCGAUCAGUCUGCUUGACCGCAGCUCGGGAUGCGCUUCGAUACUACACAGAGGUUUGGACCGAGUUCUUGCCCGGCGGUCAGUUGCACGCCGAGCGAUACUUCCUCAACUCCCUCCAAAAUUCUUUUCUACUCUCGGCAAUGAUCCUUUGUCUUGAGAUGUCCCAGGAUGCAGAUCGUGGUGAUGCUGCACGCCUCAAGCCCCAAGAACGAGCAGACUUCCUGCUUCUGUUGGAAAGCACCCAUCGCAUAUUCAUGGACUCCCGUCAUCGGUCUGUAGACACUCAGCGAGCAGUAAAUGCUUUGAACAUUAUGCUCAAGCGGGUAAAGAAAGGCGACUCUGGAAAUUCCAGUUCAAAUACUGGGCAAUUAACGGCGCCCAUGAAUAAGGACACCUCCAACAAAUCCACCGAUGCAGUAGCCCUUGGUCAACACAGUUUAACAUACAUAUCCAACAUUGGCGGCUUGCAGCCCACAAUACCUAAUCCCGGCCAGACGCCGUCAUACAAUUCCCGGGGGGUCAUUGAAGACAUGCUUGAUAUACCCGCUCAACUCGACUGGAAUCUGUACGACAGUCACAUCUCAGGAGGUCAAAUGACCGAUAACAACGCCUGGUACUCCGACGAUCCAGCGACGGUGGCAUAUGGUCUGCGCCGACCUCUACACCCAAGCAGUGGCUCCAAAACCACUACACGAUCCUUCGGCCUGCCCGAUCUAUCCUCCUUCCUCCCCAAUAGCAACAAUAAGAACAACUCCCCACAUCGCGUCCUAACCGCCACCCGCAACCUCCCCUACAACCCAGCACUGCUAUACAAAGUGAUCUCCUCAGUCGAAUCCUACAGCCAAUUCCUUCCAUUCCUCACCGCCUCGACUGUGACAGCACGGGAUCCGGAAACAGGGUACCCAACACAAGCAUUCCUGACAGUCGGCUACGGUCCGCUCAGCGAGACAUUCACGUCGCGCGUGAUCUGCGACGUAGAGAAGCUGACGGUGGAGGCCAAGAGCGGGGCGAACUAUGGCAAAGAGGGUCAUGAUGGUCAGGCUGGUAAGAGUUCUUCUUCGUCCGGGCUAAGCGGGUUCUUCCCCGGCGCGAAUGAGGGUCUCUUCGAGUACCUGACUACGAGGUGGGAGCUGGUGCCGCUUUCACCUGGGGCGCAGGGUGGGCCGUUGACCAAGGUCAAAUUGGAGGUGCGGUUUGAGUUUCGCUCGCAGAUGCAUGCUACUCUUAUGAGUGCUGUUGAGGGACAGAUGGCUGGGGUUAUGAUAGAGGCUUUUGAGAAGCGGAUUCGGGAGGUUGAGGGUAAGAGGCAGUGA